CGAGUCAGACUCGGUAUGUGGGGUCGGGGCGAGGAGAGAAAUCCAGAGACCAAGAAAUAAAUAUAUGAGAAAAAAAUAAAUAAAUGAAAAAAAAGAGGAAAAAACAUAAAAAAAUUUGUGAAGAAGAUGAGAGGAGAGAGGGAGGGGUGUUGUGCUGGUGGUGCUUGUGCUCGCCAGUUUUCAAAGCACCUUUCUCUCUCUAAAUCCAGGUUUUCUCCCUCAAAAUAACCCAGUUUCUCUCUCUAAAUCCGGGUUUCUCUUUCUAAAACCCAGUUUUCUUCGCUCCAAAAACCUGUUGGCGUGCUUAGUUUUGUUACGUUAUAAGUUCCAAACCCUCGAGCCCUCUCUCUUUUCUCCAUCACAGAACAAGCAAUAUGCGGAGAGGGAGGGCGGCUCCGACGGCUACACUGGCAACGUCGGCGGCAGGGGGGGCCGGUGGAUCUGGGUUCGUCAAAGAUAUGAGGUAUCGGGGUGUGAGGAAGAGGCCAUGGGGGAGGUUUGCGGCAGAGAUAAGAGACCCGUGGAAGAAGACAAGGGUUUGGUUGGGGACGUUCGACUCGCCGGAGGAGGCGGCAAGGGCGUACGACGCGGCUGCGAGGACUCUCCGGGGGCCCAAGGCAAAAACAAACUUUCCGGCGGUGUCGGGGGCGGCGGUGGCGGUGCCGGCGUUCGAUCGGAACCUUAACGGUCAGUUCGGUGACGGCCACCACAACCGGGUGUACCGAGCGGAUCAGUUUCAGGAGCAGCAGAUUCACGCCCAGAGGCCGACGUCGAGUGGCAUGAGCAGCACCGUGGAGUCCUUUAGCGGCCCUCGCCCAGCUCCGGCAAAUCUACCUCCGGCGACGUUGCGCCGGCACCCACGUAGCCCUCCGCUUCUACCCGACGAUUGCCACAGUGACUGCGACUCGUCGUCCUCGGUGAUCGACAACGGAGACAUCGCUGCUGCAACUUCAGUUCGAAAACCCCUCCCUUUCGAUCUCAAUGUUAUGCCGUCCGACGAUGACGAGCUCAUCAUGGGUGAUCUCCACAGCACGGCUUUGCGUCUCUGAUGAUGAUCCAUGUUUUUUUUAUAUAAAAAAAAUCCUUUUUCCUUCCCCCCUUUUCCUCUCUGUGCUGUUCUCUCGUCUGUUCUCAUGCUUAAAAAAGCAGAAAAAGAAAGGAUAUCAGAAAAUAUUUAGAUAAAAUGGUUUUACUUCUGUGAAUCUGGGCUUUGUGUUGGAAGAGAAUCAAUCUUUUUCUCAUCUUUUUGUUAGCAUAUGUGUGGAUUAGCGUGUGUUCAGAUUAUGAGAUCUGGUUUCUUCAACUUUGUGGGCUUUGAACUUUGAUCAUAUCCGAGUUAGGGUUUUACAAAUCUUGAUCUUUGAUACUUCUUACCCAUGUACAAAAAUAAGCUUCAGUGUUCAUUCUACUGAAAGGGAAUUAAAAUCUCUAGUUUUUGCCA